GAGGGUAAGACAGAGGAAAGGAGAGGCGAGAGGAAGGCGCCAAGAGGAAGAGAGAAAGAGGUUCGUGGAGAGGUGUAGGGGAAGAGGACAGCGCAGUCUGAGCUUGCCCUCAGCACGCCUGUAGGAGGGACCUGCACCUGCCCCGCCCUGCUCGCCACCACACAGGCCCCAGUUGUGCUCUCGAUCUCGGAGGCAGAGGACGUCGCGCUCUGUGGGCAUCGCCGCUUUGACGGGAGACUUCGCUAAACUUGGCUCUUGUGUGUCGCACAACUUUGCCUCAAUUUUUUUUUUUUUUUAGUUGUUCCGACUGUGAUCCGACUUUAUUUCGAGUGGUUGUUCACUGGCUUCGGCUUAAUCUUGCCCAUAAGUAGCAGCGAUCCACAUAAAAGUCUUAAAUGUUAUAGAAACAAAUACAUAUUUUUUCCAACAUCUAAAAAUAAAGAAGAUAAUUAUUGCAAAUCAGUUGGUAACAACAUAAAAAGACAGGACUAAUAGAAAAACAAAUGCCUCAUCAUUAGCAUAAGUGUCCCUUCGCAGUGACAACCGGCAUGGCGCAGUGCACGAGGAAGAAAAACAGAGAGACGACACAAAUUUUGCAUUGUCGUGUCCAGGGAAGGGACGACCUGCGGAGACGACCGUGAGUGACCGCGGAUAUGAUGCAGCACCGAGUCUUCGCCGGCCAAAUUAAACAAAGAAACAACUAAACGCGUGAAAAGUGAACGUCUAAAGCAUAUGAAACGACUAAGGUAAAAAAGCGAAAAACAAAUCAAAGAAAGAAUAGAAAAAAAAUCAGAGAAUCGAAAAGGGAAAACGAUACUGAAAUGUCUAAAAAUGAAAGAAAAAAACAAUUAUGACAAUUCUAUUUCCCUCGCAGCCUAAAAAAACAUUUAUUGAUUUCUCAUUUCAUUCUCAAAAACAAAAGAAAAGCAGCGAGCGUCGUCGUGAAUUAUUAAUUUAAUGCCAAACCUAAGUUGUCUGCCAGGGAUCAUGACAAGGGACGGCGAUUCCUUCACGAAUGAAACAGAAAAUAGGAUGCUCAGGUCCGCCGUUCGUCCGAAUGCGCUCGUCUGGCCAGGGCUUUGGCUUGGGUUCUUCCUCUCGACAGUGCUCGCCGGCGCCUCCGCCUCGGCCGCAGGCACCGCGGGGCCGAUGAUCACGAUGGACGCCGAGGACACGGGCGUUGUGGACACCGUGGGCGGCGAGGAGGGCGUGGGCGUGGACCCCGCCUCCUGGAGCGACUACCUCAACACCCUGUUUGACCCCGUGUUCGACCCCGGGGUCAAGUCCAACGUGUCGGCGGUGGAGGGCCAGACCGCCCACCUGGUGUGCCGCGUCAACAACCUCGGCACCAAGACGGUCUCGUGGAUCCGCCACCGCGACACGCACAUCCUGACGGUCGGGUCCUUCACCUACACGAGCGACCAGCGCUUCUCCGCCCUCCACCGCGAAGGCACGAACGAGUGGACGCUGCAGAUAAGACACCCCACGAUAAGGGACUCUGGGCUGUACGAGUGCCAGGUGUCGACGAAGCCCGUGCGAGCCUAUCUCAUCAGGCUGGCGGUUGGGGUCCCGACGGCGCGCAUCCUCCACGCCCCCGAGCUGUACACCGACGAAGGAGGAACCCUGAACCUGACGUGCGUGGUGAGCCCGAGUCCCGCUCCGCCCGAGUACAUCUUCUGGUACCACAAGGGAGAGGUUGUUAACUAUGAGACCGACGGCAGCGUAGAAGUGACGGUGCGGCAAGAAGAAGGGCGAACCGUAUCGACGUUGUUGGUCGCUCGAGCUACCCUCUCGCACUCUGGAAAUUAUCAGUGUGCCCCGUCGAACACCGACCGCGCCGCGAUUCGGGUCCACGUGUUCAAAGCCAAGGAACCGGCAGCAAUGCAGACGAGCAGCAGUACCCUGUUGCAGCACCGGCCUUCGCCCUGCCUGCUUCUCCCUGCCGCUGUCCUGCUACGGUACCUCGCCUCCUUCUGCGAUCCGGUCACAUAGGACAAGGAUAACCUGCAGAAGGGAAGACUUCAAGGAACUGUUUUCGCGUAGGAGGGAAAAGGGGGGGAGGGGGAGUGAGCGAGUGUCUAAUCGGCUCUUAUGGACUCAGUGCGGAAGGGAAGGAUGCUCGUGAUGAUGGUGAUGAUGAUAACGGAAAAGGGAAGAGUGAUAACGAUAACGGUAGCGAAAAGAGGAGUAGGAGAGAAAAAAGAAAGUGACGAAAAAGUGCGCUACGAAGAGGGACAUCAAGUGAACAAUAUAGAGGUGCUUGUGUCAUCGAGGUCUACCCCCUACCCCCAGUCCAUCCCCCCCUUUCUCUCUCCCUCUCCAUCU